UCCAGCCACUUGACCUCCCACUAGCUCACUGCACCUCUGACUGCCGGACCAUGCCUGGGACCCGGGUACCCUUCCUCCUGUCGAUGGCUGUGGCUGCUUCUCUCAGCUUCAACCUGGACACUGACAGGCCGACCACCUUCCACCGGGACAGCGCUGGUUUUGGACACACCGUGGCCCAGUAUGCCAACUCCUGGGUGAUAGUUGGAGACCCCCUGGAGAUACGGGGCACCAACCAGACUGGCAACCUCUACAAGUGUGAGCACACAACGGGCGUCUGCACACCCAUCCAGCUGACUGUCCCCCCAGAGGCUGUGAACAUGUCCCUUGGCUUGUCCCUGGUGGCUACCACCAGACCUUCCCGCCUGUUGGCCUGCGGUCCCACGGUGCACCAAGCCUGCCGGGAGAACUUGAACCUGAAAGGCUUCUGCUUUCUGUUCACUGCACCCUCCUUGACAGCCCAGCAGCUUCCCCAGACCCUGCAGGAGUGCCCAAAGCAGGAGCAGGACAUUGUGCUCCUGAUUGAUGGUUCUGGAAGCAUCGAACAGAAUGAUUUUGCCAAGAUGCUGAGCUUUGUGCAGAAUGUGAUGAGCCAGUUCCCCAGGCCCACAACCCAGUUUGCUCUGGUGCAGUUCUCCAGUGGGUACAGGACCCACUUCACAUUUAGCGAAUUCUCGAGGAGUUCAGACCCACUGGGCCUGCUGAGCUCAGUGCGACAGCUGACUGGGUAUACCUACACAGCCUCGGCCAUCCGAUUCGUCACAAAUGAAAUAUUCAGUCCCUUGAGAGGGGCCCGGACAGAUGCCUCCAAGAUUCUCAUUGUCAUCACCGAUGGGGAGAAAUUUAUGGAUCCCCUGGAUUAUCAGAAUGUCAUCCCCCAGGCUAAGAAUAAGGGCAUCAUUCGCUAUGCAGUUGGGGUGGGCUCAGCCUUUAUAAAGGAGACUUCCUGGAAAGAGCUGGUAGCCAUCGCCUCAGCACCUGCCAACGAACACAUCUUCCGAGUGGAGAACUUCGACGCUUUGAGAGACAUUCAGAACAAGCUCAAAGAGAAGAUCUUUGCCAUCGAGGGGACACAGACAGGGAACAGCAGUUCCUUUGAGUUUGAGAUGUCUCAGGAAGGCUUCAGUGCGGUGCUCACACCCGAUGGACCUGUGCUGGGUGCCGUGGGGAGCUUCAGCUGGUCUGGAGGUGCCUUCCUGUACCCCACAAAGAUGCCACCCACCUUCAUCAACAUGUCACAGGCCAAUGGGGACAUGAAGGACUCUUACCUGGGUUACUCCACUGAGCUGGCCUUUCGGAAGGGGGUGCAGAGCCUGGUCCUGGGGGCCCCCCGCCACAAGCACGUGGGGAAGGUGGUGCUGUUCACCCCGUCACUCGGGCAGUGGAGGCUGAAGGCUGAGGUCACAGGGACCCAGAUCGGCUCCUACUUUGGGGCGUCCCUCUGCUCGGUGGAUGUAGAUGGAGAUCGCAACUCUGACCUGGUGCUCAUCGGGGCCCCCCACUACUAUGAGCAGACUCGGGGGGGUCAGGUGUCCGUGUGCCCCUUGCCCAGGGGGAGGGCUGGCUGGCAUUGUGAGGUUGCUGUACUCCGAGGGGUGCAGGGCCACCCCUGGGCGCGCUUUGGGGCGGCUCUGACGGUGCUGGGGGAUGUGAAUGGGGACCAACUGUCGGAUGUGGCCGUGGGAGCCCCUGGAGAGCAGGAGAACCAGGGCGCCGUCUACCUGUUUCAUGGGACAUCGAGCCUGGGCAUCAGCCCCACCCACAGCCAGCGGGUGGCAGCCUCCCAGCUGUCCUCCAGGCUCCAGCACUUUGGACAGGCGCUGAGUGGGGGUCAGGACCUCACGGGGGAUGGGCUGCUGGACCUGGCUGUGGGGGCCCGGGAACACGCGCUGCUGUUCAGGACCAGGCCUGUGCUCAGCGUGGAGGUGAACAUCCGCUUCUUGCCGGCUGAGAUCCCCAGAUCUGUGUUUGAAUGUGGGGAGCAGGCAGCCUCUAAGCAGGAGUUGAGCCAAGCCACCAUCUGCCUAAAGAUUUUCCAAAGGCCCCAGACUCUCAACGGGGACCUCUUGAGCACUGUGACCUUUGACCUGACCCUUGACCCUGGUCGACUGAGUCCCAGGGCCAUCUUUAAGGAGACGAACACCUGGAACCUAACUCGGGUCCAAGUACUGGGGCUGAGAUACCACUGCGAGGAGGUGAAGUUGCUCCUCCCGGCCUGUGUGGAGGACGCGGUGACCCCCAUCACCUUGCGUCUCCACUUCUCCCUGGUGGGCAACGCCAACCCUUCCAUUGGGAACCUUCAGCCGAUGCUGGCUGUGGACGCUCAGAGAUACUUCACAGCCUCUCUCCCCUUUGAGAAGAACUGCGGAGCUGACCAUGUGUGUCAGGACAACCUCGGCAUCUCCCUUGGCUUCCCUGAUAUAGACACCCUGCUGGUGGGGAGCGACCUGGAGCUGGCCAUGCAGGUGGCAGUGUGGAACAAUGGCGAAGACUCCUACGGGACCUCGGUCACCUUCUCCUACCCAGCUGGGCUGUCUUACCGCCGUGUCACUGGGGGACAGAACCACCCGAGGUUCCGCAGCCUGCGCCUGACCUGUGACAGCACCCCUGGCGGGACCCGCGGCCUCCGCACCACGCGCUGCAGCGCUGGCCAUGUCAUACUGCGUGAGGGCUCCCGGAUCAUCUUCACUGUCACCUUUGACGUGUCCCCCAAGGCCACACUGGGAGACCAGUUGCUUCUGGUGGCCAGUGUCAGCAGUGAGAACAACACUCCCAAGACCAGCAACAGCACCUUCCAGCUGCAGCUGCCUGUCAAGUAUGCCGUCUACACCGUGAUCAGCAGUCACGAACAAUCCACCAAAUACCUCAACUUCACCGCUUCAGGGAAGGAGAAGAGCCAUGAGGCCCAGCUCAGAUUCCAGGUGAACAAUCUGGGCCACAGGGACUUGGACGUCAACAUCAGCUUCUGGGUGCCUGAGUCACUGGCCGGGGAGGAUGUGUGGACAGGGCUGCAGGUCUUCCACCCCCAGAAACCGUCGAUUCAGUGCACUUCUGAGAAAACCAAGCCCACUGAGGUCAACUUCCAGGCCCGAAUGAAGAAAAACCCAGUGCUGGACUGCACGCUGGCCCACUGCCAGCGCUUCCGCUGUGCCGUCCCCUCCUUCGGCCUCCAGGAGGAGCUGGACUUCACCCUGAAGGGCAACCUCAGCUUCAGCUGGACCCGCCAGACGCAGCAGAAGAAGGUGGUGGUGCUGAGUGCGGCUGAGAUCCUGUUCGACACCUCCGUGUACUCCCAGCUCCCGGGGCAGGAGGCCUUUCUGGGCACCCAGGUGGAGACGGUGCUGGAAGAGCUGGAGGUCCACGACCCGGCCCCCCUGGUGGUGGGCAGCUCCGUGGGGGGACUGCUGCUGCUGGGGCUCAUCACUGCAGCUCUGCGCAGGCUGGGCUUCUUCAAGCGCCAGUACAAGGAAAUGAUGGAGGAGGCCAAUGAACAAGCUGCUGCAGAAAGCACCAAGUCUGACCCCGAAGCUGACCAAUGAGAACCCCUCUUGUUCCCUGAACCCCUCUUGUUCCCUCUUGUCUGCUGAGAGGUUGGGGGUCUCUGCCUCUCACCCAAACCUGAGGGAAUAAGAACUUCUGUGGGAGGGAGGCAGGGUGCAGUGCCUGUCAGGGAGCAGUGACAUGUCAGCGCAAAGCACUUUGCUUGGGAAAGGACAUUUAUCUCCCUGGAAACCCCAAGAUAGGACCCCUGCUCUGCUCCCCAAAAACAUAGCUUGGAAUAUCUGCCUAGAAACACAUGGGCAGCAACUUCAGUUUCCUGCUCCCCUUCCUCCACUAACAACCAAUGAGCUUAAAAAGAAGAAGAAGAAGAAGAAGGAGAAGGAGAAGGAGAAGGAGAAGGAGAAGGAGAAGGAGAAGAAGGGGGACUGACUGGGUGGUGGUGGUUGAGCACACAAGUUAUAAUAUACAAGGACACUGGUUUGAUCCCCACCUGCAGGGGGAAAGCUUUGCAAGUGGUGAAACAGUGUUGCAGGUGUCUCUCUGUCUCUCUCCCUCUGUCUCUCUUCCCCAUCUCUCUCAAUUUCGGACUGUCUUCGAUCCAAUAAAUAAAUAAAUAAAGAUCAUAACAUUUUAAAAAGAAGAAAAAGAAUAUAUACCAGUGAAGUAGCUCACUUGGUAAUAAUGCUUUGCCUUUGCGUGACCCAGGUUCAAGCCCAGCCCCCACUGCAUUAAAGGAAGCUUUGGAGCUGUAGCCUCUUUUACUCUUUUUCUCUCUCUCUGCCUUUGCCUCUCUGACUCUAUAUUAAACCACACACAGACACACAGAGACACACACAAAUGAAAACCCACGUGUGUGUGUGUGUGUGUGUGUACUAUAUAUACACUUAUUUAAUGUAGUGUGUGUGUGAAUGAAUCCGUCUUCCCUGUUCAUCUUCAGUGGCUCCCCGUCACUUGCUGACCCCUGACCUUUCCAGCUCCAUGUCAGAGGCCCAGUGCCACAUCCAGAUGUCAAGCUGUGGAGCAUCCAGCAUCACGUGCUCUGUCCACUCUUGGCCCCAUCCUGGAAUUCUUGGCCUGCAGUCUGCCAGCUGAUCUGCAGGUGACGUAUGUGCACUCUGGAGUCCAUAAGGUCAUCCCUUAUGGCUGAAGGACAGAUGGACAGGGCCCCAAUGCCAUGAACAGGACCUCAGCCCUCUCCGGGCUUUGAGACUCCAGAUGGAGUGAAUGAAGAAAAGAGCACAAACUGAGAUGAAAACUUCACAGGCAAAUGAAUGAAGGAGAGACAACCACUGUAAGUGGUGGACUUUCACUUCCGCAUCCCAGAAUCCCCAGCGGAAUCCUCGGCGGACUCUGAUUAUAACCAACCUCCCCUCACUUUUUGAUAUUGCCAGAACCUUAGCGGACUCUGUAAACAAUCAGCACCCAGCCUAAAAAAAGAUAAAAGGCUGAGUACUUCUGCA